UCUAAUUUUCAGAUUGGUGAACUGACUGGAAUUUGAGUGAAGAAUAAGACAGCGAAAGAACCAUUACACUUUUGAGACUGAGAUCAAGGUCUUGGAACAGAGAGGAUUUAGUUCUGAACCUCAUUAAUGCAGCUAGCAAUAAACACUAAUCCAUCUGAGCCAGGGUCACCAUAGGUCCCAGAAGUCCAAGCCUGGGGAGGCAGGAAAAGGAGUGUAACAAGAGUCUAUCCCUAACUAGAGCUGAAAGGCUUGGAAGACUCGCCCUGUUUACGGGAUCUCCACGAGCUUUUUUUUUUUUUUUUUCCUUCCUUUUACCAGGGGUCUCAAGCUAAGGACGACAAUUCCAUGAAACAUGACAGAGGCUACUGAGUCUGAGGUAAGAGUCCUACCCCCCAAGGAGAAUGCAGAACCCCUAGCAUUGCUGGAAAGGGGAAUCGGAGAACUGGGGCCUGCUACUGGGGCGAAAGAGGAGGAGCAGGAGCAGGAGACAGAGGCGAAGGACAGUGAGGAAAAGCAGUCAUUGGAAGAUCCUACUGGAGACGGAGCAGGAGCAAUUGCCCGAGCCGAGACUCCCAAGGAGGUGAGGGAGCAAGCAGGAGCAACAAUUAGUCAGGUAGACCAGAGGCAAGCAGAAGAGAGUAAAACUCUGACGCAAAGUGACUGGGAGGGGGAUACACAGAAAAAACACGAGGACCAAGUAAGGGAAUCCCCCGAGAACGUGGAGGAGCAAAAAGGACAGCAACAGGGGGGAAAGGAAGAGAGGAGUGAAGUACUGGACGGUGUAGAGGUAGAGGCGAUCGGCCCGGAAAGGAGACCGGAGCUGGAGGACAGCAGCGGCACUGAGCACCAAAGGCAAGAGGAGAACCAGGGGUCAGCUAACGGAGCCCACGACGGGAGAGACCCGGAGACAGAGACAGGGGCGGAGCACAGCGUUGGGGGUGAAGCUGCUGUAACUACAGCAGCAGCAGGAGCAGGAGCAGCAGCAGCUUCCCAGGAAACAGGCCAGGGAGGCGUGAAGCUGUUACAACCCGAGGGAGAGCUAGCAGAGCCUGGAGCAGGGAUGGAAGUAGAGGACCUCGAAAGAGGGAGGGAGAAAGGAGUAGAAGAUAGAAAUUCUGAAAAUGGAGAGAGCGACGGAGGAGAAGAAAACAAUCCCGCACACCAAACGGACCUUGUAAGUACAAUGGCCAGGGAACAGCUGGAGGAAGUGGAAGAGCAACAGAGCCUGGGGGAGAGCCCUGACAGGGGCAGUUUGACAGAUGAUGCGCAGGAAAAUGAGGCUCUUCAAGGUUCAAGUUCUCCGGAGAGCACAGAAGUCGAGGCUGCAGAAGGGCUGGCCGAGCAGGAAAGCGGAGAACAGGAAGGUGUAAAGGACUCCGCCGCCGGAGGAGAUCCUACAGAAGCAGGGCAGGUAGAAGGUGGCAGCCUCGGUGCCCAGAGAGAUGCCCAGGACGAAGCCCUGGAAGAGGGGACAGAGAAUUGGGGUAAGGAGAAACCUAACGUAGAAGUCAUGGCCCAGGGCGAGGAAGAAAAUCUCGAUGGGAGCCCACAGAAGGAGGAGGAAAUCGAGGAGGAGACUACUCCAGAAAGAAACUUAGAGGCAGAGCUGAGCAACCACCUGUCGGAGACGAGCUCUGAAGGUGCCCCUGCUGAAGCCGAGACAAGUAAACAGGGGGAAGGGCUGAACGGCGCGGGAGAGGAAGGAGAAGUAUCUGAGGAGGAGGCUUCAGGACAGAGAGCCUCAGCUCCCACGCUGGCCCCGGGGAAUGAACACGACAUUUCCCUCUUCGUCAAGGCUGGUUAUGAUGGUGAGAGCAUUGGAAAUUGCCCGUUUUCUCAGCGACUCUUUAUGAUCCUGUGGCUUAAAGGUGUUAUAUUUAAUGUUACAACAGUGGACUUGAAAAGGAAACCAGCGGACUUGCAGGAUCUGGCUCCUGGAACAAAUCCACCUUUUAUGACUUUUGAUGGAGAAGUAAAGACAGAUGUGAAUAAGAUCGAGGAAUUUUUAGAAGAAAAAUUAGCCCCACCAAGGUACCCUAAACUUGGAACCCAGCACAUGGAAUCAAAUUCUGCAGGAAAUGAUGUAUUUGCAAAAUUUUCUGCAUUUAUUAAAAACACAAGAAAGGAUGCCAAUGAGAAUUUGGAAAAAAAUCUGAUAAAGGCUUUGAGGAAACUAGAUAAUUACUUAAAUACCCCUCUGCCUGAUGAAAUUGAUGCCUAUAGCUCAGAAGACAUCACUGUUUCCAACAGGAAGUUCCUCGAUGGGAAUGAGCUCAGUUUAGCAGAUUGUAAUCUCCUACCUAAGCUCCAUAUCAUUAAGAUUGUGGCCAAGAAAUACAGGAAUUUUGAGUUUCCCUCUGAAAUGACUGGCCUAUGGAGAUAUUUGAACAAUGCCUACACUAGAGAUGAGUUCACAAAUACCUGCCCUGCUGACCAGGAGAUUGAGUAUGCAUAUUCUGAUGUUGCAAAAAGGAUGAAAUGAUGCCACAAUCUCUGCUGAUUUUCUAAAGAGAUGGAAUUAGAUCAAGUGGUGUACAGAAAGAAAAUGUUCUGCAGUUUUGUUUUAAGUUUUGCCAAUGGCCAAUCCUUUAAAAAAAAAAAACAACAAGCUGGUAGUGUGAUCUGCUCAAUGCCAAAUAGCAUGUAUUCAUUCUACUUGUACACAUGUCUCUGUAGACCAAAUAUCUAUUGAUGUGAAAUACACACCCCUGUCCAACUCAAUGUUAAUAACUGGUUGUUAUAAUCUGUGGUUUAGGAUUGCAUAUUUUAGUGGUUUCACUUUCAAAGCAAGACAUGUUAUGGUUAAAAUUGUUGCUUGAUUUUUUUUAAUUUUAAUUUUUCUCUUUCAGACAUUUUUAGCUGUUGUGAUCUUAUAUCUUGAUUCCUCACAACUGAAAUGUCAGUUUAAAUGAAAGGAACAGCUGAAGGUUACAUUUGCCAAACUCCUUGACAAAAGUUUGUGGAAGAACUAAAAAAAAAUUAUUCAUGGAAUUUUAGAGCUCAAAGGGACAUUAGAGAUUACUUAGUCUGACUCCAUCAUUUUGCAAAGAAGGAAAGCUAAGACCCACAGAGUGUAAGUGAUUUGUUCAAGGCCAAACAGCUCACUCAUGUCAUAUCAGGAAUUAGAAGCCAGGGUUUCCAGCUCUGUUUUCUGCUAUAUUAGGAUGUUCUUCCACCAUACCACACUGUCUCUCAACUUAAGGAAGUUGUUAAAGUUUGAGGAUUUGCUCAAACACUGAAAGAAGGAGUGAAAACAAAUAGGUCUUGUACAUACAAACUCACUCCUUUUACCUUAAUGGAUUUCUUUCCUAAGAUCUUCUCUUGCUUCACCUUUCACAAAAGCAUCAAGACUUAAUCACUUAAAUUUGGGGAAAAAAUUAUAGAAAACAAAGCGGUCAGAUAUGGAAUUUUAAUAGCACCUCUUCCUCUCCCCACUAUUAUUCUCAGGGAUAAACUUCCCAGUUUUUCAAGAGUUGAUUGUUUGGUGCAUGACUUAUUUAGGCAUUAAAGUAUUUGAGUCACUUCCCUAUCUCUUAGUACCUUCACUAGAGCUUAGACAGUUCAGUUUGGCCACUUUUCAGCAGUUUGGGGAAAUGAAAAAUGUUGACUAAAAAGAGGGCUUUGAAUGUUAUUAACACCAUAUCUGUACCCAGUAAUUAAAAAACUACUUGUAUUAUUGACUAGGUAUUGGAAGGCCUUUUGGAAGUGGAGAUACAGCUUCCAACUAGUUCCAUGGGAUAUGGUUUAUGUAAUGAGCAUUGACAGAACACAGAAUCUUAAAGUAUUCAAAGGGACUCUAGUGAAUCUCUAUUCUGUCUCCCUCAUUAGACAAGGGAAAAAGACCAAAAAAACAACUGAGGCCUAGAGAAGAAAAGUGACUUUUCUAAGACCAUAAAUAAGAUAGUCUCAGUCAAGAUAGAAAUUGUUGCUAACUGGAACGUGUCUCUGUCACAUCAUAAAAAGUAACUCUAUGGUUGACUUAAAAAUGUUUAUUUUCCAUUUAUAUAUCCUACAUACAUAUUAUAGAAUUAACAAAGACUAUUGUCGAACCUACAUCAUGGAUCUAAAUGUCCAAAGUAAAAACUUGGUUUCAAAGGAACAAAAUACUUAUCCAGUGGAAACAAUGUUCCUUUAUCCCUUGGAAUAUUGCUAGUUGAGGGAAGGGGUCAUGUGUUCCUUAGUCAUGAAUCUCUGGAACCUCAGUGCCUAGUUCAUGUUUCAAUUGUCAGUGGUAUCAGUGAGAACCAAAUGUGAACUUCUUAUUCUACCUUCUCUUUGUAGGACUUACGUUAACCUAGCUUUUAUGAUACAACCUUUUAGGUAGUAGAGAAGCAGUCAUUAUAGAAAUGCUGUAGGGGGCAGCUAGAUGGCGCAAUGGUAAAGCACCGGCCCUGGAUUCAGGAGUACCUGAGUUCAAAUCAGACCUCAGACACUUGACACUUACUAGCUGUGUGACCCUGGGCAAGUCACUUAACCCUCAUUGCCCUGAAAAAAAAAAAAGAAAUGCUGUAGAAGUAAUAUCAAGAUCUAGGCAUAUACACUGAACAUCCAUGUACUCUUUAUGUGCCUUAAAAUUAAAUUGAUUGUAAAAAUUCAUAAA